ACGAGUAACAGAAUAAAUCAGAAUAUAUUGUAUUUGAAGAGGAGAAAAGAAAAACAUGGCAGUUGAAGGCCGAAUAACAAUUCUUGACGUUGGACUGAUCGCAAUGGUGGUUCUUCUGGGUCCUGUGGCUGCUGCACAGAGCGAGCAGAGGGAGUGCGCGUAUGCAGAACAGCCACAGGCUCUGGGCGAGCGGAUUGAGAACGCCACCAUCCGCUGUAAUCACGGAGGUCACUGCUUUGGACUCUGGCGGAAAAAAAAUAAUGAAAUCCAACUAGUGAAGCAAGGUUGCUGGACAAAUGUCGGUGACCAUCAGGAGUGCCAUGACCGCUGUGUGGUGACCAACCCUCCGUCAAUUGUCCAAAAUGGAACGUCUCGAUUCUGCUGCUGCAGCAAAGACAUGUGCAACCUAAACUUCACAGAGGACUUCCCACCUCCUUCCCCGACCACCCCACAGCCUCUACGUGAGUACUCGCACCGACUCUACAGAGAGGAAGCCAUCGUUGCCGCUUUAGCAACUGUGUCCAUGGUUGCCGUCCUCGUCAUUUUUCUUUUUUUUGGCUACCGGAUGCUAAGAGGAUGUGGUAAACACUCUUUGCAUACCUUGGAUAUUCUGGAGGCAGCACUUUCCCCUCCUUCUCUGGAUUUGGACAACCUUGUUCUGCUGGAGCUGAUUGGCCGGGGCCGGUACGGAACCGUGUAUCGCGGUUCACUGGACGACCGAUCUGUGGCUGUGAAAGUUUUCAUCUCCUCUAACCGCCAGCAGUUUACCAACGAGCGUUUGAUUUACCGCAAUCUCCUGGAUCACGAGAACGUAGCACACUUCUUAGAGAGCGAGGAACGUGUCGGCACAGAAGGCAGGACAGAGUUUCUCCUCUUGCUGGAGUUUUACCCUCAUGGCUCACUGUGCAUGUAUCUGAGCGGGCGGACUGUGGACUGGCUGGGCUGCUGUCGUUUGGCUCUGUCGGUGACCAGAGGGUUGGCGUACCUGCACACAGAGAUACAGAAAGGGGACUUGUAUAAACCGGCCGUGUCUCACCGGGAUCUGAACAGUAGGAAUGUACUGGUGAAGACAGAUGGCUCAUGUGUUAUUAGUGAUUUUGGACUUUCCAUGAUUCUGACGGGAAAGAGACCACCUGGGCAUGGAGAAGAGGACAACAGUGCCAUCAGUGAGGUUGGUACAGUGCGGUACAUGGCCCCAGAAGUGCUAGAAGGGGCAGUGAAUCUGAGAGAUUGUGAGUCGGCACUGAAACAAGUGGAUGUUUAUGCGCUGGGUCUGCUUUACUGGGAGACCUUUAUGUGUUGUGCCGACCUCUUCCCAGGUGAGACAGUGCCAGCAUUUCAGAUGGCUUUUCAGGCAGAGGUGGGCAAUCACCCUACCAUAGAGGACAUGCAGGCACUCGUGUCGAGAGAAAAAGAAAGACCCAAAUUCCCAGAGGCCUGGAAAGAGAAUAGUCUGACAGUGCACUCUCUAAAAGAGACAAUGGAAGACUGCUGGGAUCAGGAUGCUGAAGCUCGACUUACAGCUCAGUGUGCAGAGGAGAGACUCACUGAACUUCUCCUCAUCUGGGAUCGAGAAAAAUCAGUUAGUCCUCCUCUCAACCCCAGCACUGCCCUGUAUAACCACAGGAAUAUCUCUACUGGAAGGCAGACACCUAAGGUGGGUUCUUUCCUUGAACACUCAUCCACAAACACUGAAAACCAUGAGGGUGCUGAUAAACCCCUCCACAAUGACACCUCAGUGGGAGGGUCUAACCCUGCAGAGAAGAACAGGAACUGCAUCAACUAUGAGUGGCAGCAGGCCCAAUCACGUCAGUCUGGCACAGAAAGCUCCUCCCCCACUCCUGUUUUAGAGUCAUGCAAUGCCACUCAGCCUCCACCAGUGGGCAACAGUGGUCCCCUCUGUGCUCAGCUGACCCGGGAAGACCUGGAGACACUAAAACUGGACCCAAGUGAAGUCCAAAGGAACUUGAGGGAGAGCUCAGAUGAGAGCCUAAUGGAACAUUCGCAGAAAGAGUUCUGCUCUCCGGAAACAAUGACCUCGCACAGCCCGUUCUACCCCCACACGAAGAUGGUAUCUGAGGUUUCGGGGUCACAGGGUUCCAGUCGGGCUGCUGACACCCCUAUAACCAUCUUACCUAAGCAGCAGAACGUCCCUAAGAGACCGAGUAGCCUAAGUCUCCAUGCCAAGCCUUCUGGGAAAACACCCACCUCGUCAUCUUCAUCACUACGGAUGAAGUUUGGAAAACUUGGAAAGUCGAAUCUGAAAAAAGUUGAGAUGGGUGUGGCUAAAGCCAGUGUGGUGAGCACAGCACAUGAAGUCAGGUCAAUUACCGUUGCCAACAACGAUGCUGUGACAGCAGUGAAUAAAUAUCCGACCGGAGCAGCACCUGAGCCAGCAGGAUGCCCAGCCAACGCCGCCGAUGUCCAUUGGAAGGGCGCCAUGAGUUCAGAGGACUUGACCUUCGGCCUCUUGAACACUAGCCCUGAUGAGCAGGAGCCUCUUCUGAGAAGAGAUGCGCACCCUGACAAUGCAAACAACAAUAACAGUAAUAACAACAACGGCGAAGGAGAGGGUGAUGGAGACACUGAGGAUGGAGAAGGAGGAGAGAACAGUGAGAGUGUUGGUCCAACAGGGGACGCUCCAUUGGCUUCUACCGUGGAGCCUGUUGCUUUGCCUGGCCCUUGUCCUGCCCCAACUGUGGUUCCUCCACAGGCCCAAACCCAAGCUCAGACACACGGAGAGGCCCUGCUCAGACAGAACCGUGUGCGCAGACCCGAGAGACCCAACUCACUGGAUCUGUCCAUCACCACACUGCCAUUACUGGGAGGCAAGUCUGCCGGUGACGUGACAGAGGGAUCAGGAGAUAAAAUCAAGAAGCGGGUGAAGACACCUUACGCUCUGAAGAAGUGGCGUCCUGCCAGCUGGGUUAUCACCACGGAUACAAUGGAUGCUGAAGUCAACAACAACAAAUGUCAUGGAGGGCCCGGGCAGAACCAGAAUCAGGCUGGUACCAGCAGACCUAAAUCAGCCUCGGCUGUGUAUUUAGGUAGUCGAGGAGGAUCUCGCUUCUCAGAUCCCAGUGACUGUGACUUUUGAACUUUGACCUCAGUUUGAUCUUGAAAACAGGCUAAAAUCGUAUAAACAUUCAACUCUACAGCUCUAAACAGUCUGAAGGCUGUGGAGACAGAUGUGGACUGGACCAUAUACAUGUCUUAAAUUUAAACCCAAUUGUAAGCACAGUAAGAGUCUUAGUGGCUUUACAUUGAAAAGAGCUAUGCAGCCAUCUUUUAGUUUAAUGUUUGUAUGUUUUUGCGUUAAGUCAAUUUUUAGUUGCACUUUUUUGCUACAAGUUAUAAAUCAUAAUUAUUUUGACCAUUCAAAAUGGUCCCUAAUAUUUAACCAGUGUAAAUGUGUACUUAAUCGUCACACUCCCAAGGUCAAGUAAAACCUGGAAAUAUCAGGGAAUUUUCUAAAUACUAGACCUGGAAGAAAAGGAAACAAAAUCUUAAGAGUAAUAGAAAAUUAUAUAGUCAAUAUAAAUUAUGUUCAUCUCUCUCUUUGUGAGUGUAACCUCUACAAAACUAUUACAAAUAUUAAAAAAGAGUUAUAAAUCCAAUAGCUAGAAUCUGUGGGAACCCUUUUUUAAGAUUAUAGGGCUACUCAUUAACAUUCAUUUUAAGAAUUUUGCAUGAAUGGUGACAAAGCUUUAAUUUUUGCCCAUGCAGACCUGAAAAAUGUUUACAUUCUCUACUACUUUACCAUGCCCGGUUUCCUGCAGCUUUGAGAUUUAUCAGACGAUAUGUUCCAGUGUGACUGUGGUCAUGGCAUCUGAUACUUGUAAGCGCUGUUGUGCGUGCAAAAACUAUUCCCUUCUGAGUCAACACACUAUAAAAAAAGCAAUUCAACACAUUUCACUGUGGUGGCACUAUGUAUCUCUCAGCAUCACACACUCAAGACUGCAACAAGACAAUGUUUAGAAAUGAUGUGACUGUACAGAGAGACCAUGGCAACAUCUGAUAUGAACAGCCGCAGGCAUCACACCUCUCGCUUUUUUGGAUAAGCUUUACUCAGAGACGAAAGACAAAGCUGCACUGGGUCUGGUAAACUGACUGUUCUGGAUCCCGUUAAAAUGUCUAAUGAUGCUUUGGACCUACCGGUACUUGUCAUUUACUUAUUUUUCUAUGUGUGAGUGAGUGUGCAUGAGCGCACAAGAUAAGUUCUCUGGGUGUUUGUUCCUGUGUCUUUGUGACUCGUCUUUGAUCGUGUGAAAGGUUUUUGUGUUGCAUGUUUGUAUCUAUUCUUGUGGGGAUGUGCAUCUUCAUAUGCACUUACCUGUUCUAGUCAUUUGAUAAACAAGGAGACAAGUUUAAAAAAAAACUAGUCUUUUUUUCAAAGCACAGCACACAAGAGCAGCAUUUUAUGCUAUGCACAAAGACAUGAAGCAAGCAGCUCUGGUCUGAAAUCAAACAUUCUUGUGUUACCAAAAUGCUCUCGCAUGUCAGUGAUAAUUGACUGGACGCUGUCAUUAUAAUCGUAUAAACAGAGUCCCAUAUUAUCCUCACCUUAACUGACUGUUGCAUGUCUUAAAUGCAUCUUAAAGAGCACAAGAUACUUUCAGCUGCGACCCUGGUGUGUUUAUGCACAUGUGCAUGUAUGCGUGGAUGAGUGUUUGUAUGAUGUUAUUCACCUGUUAACACAAUCGUUGUAGUCGUAGUGUCGUGAUCAAUCAUUUUAUUACCCCUUGCUGAAACAUUUUGAAAAUUGUGAUUUGUAUAAGAAGGUGCAGACUGUAAAAGUGUAUUGUUAUCUGCAGAUUUAAAUUAAAUUAUGCUUUGCAUUUG